ACCUUAGACUUUCGACCGAAUUUAGUUAUCGGAAAUAGCUCAAAAUUUUAUGUACGACAUCGGAAACAGAGAGCGCAGAGAGUCCAUCUAUAGACAGAGGAAGCCGCACCGGCCUCUAGAUGGAAGCAAGGAACUGCCCGCCGGAGGUCGAUCCGUGCCACGUGCGACAAUUCCUCGCACGGCAGGCCGAGGUCCAGACCAGUCAGCGCCAGAAUCUGAACCAUUAUCUGGAGAAGACCAUGUCCGACUUCCCGCCGCCCCUAAUGUCCGCCCAGAACACAACAUCCGCCUCGUCCCCGCCCGGAGGAUCUCGGAUCGGAGAGGGCUGCCAGUGCAGCAGGACAAGGCCGAGUUCGAUUCUGGAGCAGCUAGUCGGCGCCGGCGGACACAAGCAGGAGAAGCGCCUGCUGGUCCCGGACCUGGCCACCGACUGGUUCCGCAAGCAGAAGGUUUUCCUCGACCAGAUCAGCCCUGAGGAGUUGGCCCAGGCCCAGGCCCAGGGCCAGGACAGCUGCUGCUGCCCCCAAGAUGUCGCAGAGGACCGGCUGCCAGAGAGCUGUUGCACCUGCCCGGUCAAGCAACGGAUGCAAUGCCAUCUGAAGGCCAAGCUCGAUUGCGAGUGCAGGAGCAGACGCAGGAGCAGAAGAGAGAAUGCUCCAGCUAGAAGCGAACGGAAGGGCAAGAAAGUGGCCCCCAGUCAGUCUGUCACACAAUGCAAGCCAAAUGUGGCAGGAUGUGGGAAAGAGGGGAGCACGAAAAAGAGAAAGGCCAAGAGCAGGAGCAGGAGCAGGAGCAGGAGCAGGAGUAGAAGCAGGAGCAGGAGCAUGGCCAAAGGCAAAGCCACCAUCAGUGGCAGUAAGGCGAGCAUAAGCAAGAGCCAGGCCAUAGACACCAGCAAGGGCAGCGAGAAACGCAUGGGGGCUGGCGCCCAGAGCCCCAAUCGCCGGCGCAUCGAUCGGCGUAGGAGCUGCAUAUGCCUCCGGCGGAGUCCCUCGUGCCGUUGUCCCUGCCAGAUGCAGUUCCAAGGCGACGGCCAGCCCAUGUCCAGGGAGUGCCAGCUGGCGACGCGGCGCACAGAGCCGCUGAUGCCGUGCCUGCGCAGGAAAUACGAGCUGCAGCAGGCACCGCAGCGGCGACUCGAGCCGCAACACUUUCGCCGCAUCUCGCCGGAGUUCUUCGGGAUACUCCAGAAGUACGAGCAGGCGAUGACCGAGAGCUGCCCGCUCUACGGCAUCUCCAUACGGCACUGGGGCGAGACGGCCCCGGUCUGCACCUGCGACGAGGAUGGCAGCCCAGCGAACAGGCAGUGCCUCGGCGAUGAGUCCGUGCGCGCACCGGGUGCCAAGCCGCCCCCUCCGGCCCUGCUCCCCUACGAAUCGGAUGCGAAUAUGGAGGAGGAUCCGUUUUGCACCGAUGCCACCUGUCCUUGCCGGAACAAUGAUCAGUCGGAUCCCACAGCGGAUAGGGACCAGUGCAAGGACCGAGCUGGCCCAGUCAAGUGCCAGGAACCGGAGCCCAGCCAACCGGAGCCGGAACCACAAGGGCAGCCUGUAGAGGAGCCCAAGGACCCCAAGGAGCCGCCCACGAGGAAGCCCAUAUGUUGCCCGAUUGAAUCCGAAUACCCACGGCAGAAGAAACCGAAAAAGGAGCCAGAGAAGAAGAAAAGCGGCUUCAGAUGCUGCCCCUGCUGGUCCAAGGAUCCCCUCAAGGGAGAUGGAUCGACCACCGACGGUCCUGGAUCGGAUCCACAAAAAGAGAAGAAAGAGAAAAAGAAAAAGGAAAAGAAAGAAAAGAAGCCGCCCAAAGACAAGAAGGAGAAACCACCGAAGGAGAAAAAGGGAAAGAAAUCCAAAAAGGACGAUGACGGAAGGCGCAAUCCCUUUGCGCCGCCCUCCUUUUUGGGCGGAUUCGCCUACCUCUGCAGACGUUGCAUGCGGUCGGGCCGCCAUCUGCUGUACAGCCACAACUCGAGCUACCAGCGCAUCCGUCGCCAGAACCAGGGCUUCCCCAACGGCUGUGGCCCCCCAACCGUGGCUCCACCCCCGGCUCCAGCACUCCGAGCAGUCCCAGCUUUGUACCACAUGAGGGGUGUGUGCCAGCAUCAGCCCGAUGUCUGGCGAUUCGGGGACACGCCAGCGCCCACCCAAGAGGCAGACGACAGAGAGUCAGACACCGAAUCAGCACCAGAAGCACAGCCCGAAUGGGAGCCAUCGGAGCAUGGAGGAGGCUCCCCUCAUGGCGGCAGCAGUACCACCACCUUGAGACCACACCUCAGCAGCGAGAGCUGCAGCCGAGCCCCACCGAAUCCUCUCAACAGCUGUGGCACUUUCUGCACGACGAGACGGACUCAGGCGGGUGCCUGCAACCUCAAGGGUAGCCCUUCAUCGGCCAUCUGGACGCUGCAGAAGCGUAGCUCCAGGCCGGUGAAGCGGAGGUUUGUCAACGAGCGUUUCGGUAAGAGAAGGAUGCCGGAGAGAGACGGAAGAGCCGAGAGACCUGGGAGAACGGAGAGAGCCGAGAGAGCGGAGAUAACAGCACAGGUCAAGGAUGCGGAGGAAGCCUCCUCCUCAAGGCUCAAGGACGAUGAGGCAUCGUCCUAUGUGGAGGGUUUCUGCCUCAAGGUGAACAAGCAUGGCACACGGGCCUGCUAUCUGGCCAACGACUACAUGCAGCUGAUGAAGAUGGUGGCCAAAAAGCGGGCCCGUUGCGUUUGCCUCAAGACCAAGAAGACCACCUGCCGCCCCAAACCAGAGCGAGAGCCCAGUCCCAGGGCAACGGCAGCCCGAAGCCGACGAGCUUCGCCCCCGGCGGCCCAGCGCAGCAGCCCGGCUGCCCCUCGCCAAGCCCCUCGGAGUACCGGAGCCCGUUCGCAGUCCGCCGCAAUGGCCAAUAGUCCAAAGCGAAAGAGAACCAAGCCUCCAGGUAAUACAGCCACAGCCACAGUCACAGAUGACGAUGCUGACACUUACCAGCUCUCGGAUGGGCCAAGCAGCUGUCAAGAUCUGGCUGCGUGUAGUCGCAAGACCGAGAGAAAGAAAGGCCCAACCUCCCUAGGAAUCUGCCCUAGGAACCAAGCCGUCAAGAAGCGAUCUGCCAGAGGCUCAUCGAGUCCCAGUCCUAGUCCCAAUCAGAGUCCCGUCCGAUUGAGCAGGAACGUUCAAAGAAGGUCUUCAUCGCCGACACGGAGUGCCAGAUCUUCGGCAUCGAGGAAAGCCCGCGCCACGGAGAGACAGAGGCAGGAGACUGCCAUCUCGAGCAGCGACUUCGAAGAAGUCCCUCGCUCGGAGAAAAUACCAGCGCACACGACCCGUGGCCGAAAGCCCCCGAGCGGUGCAUCGGAUGGGCCGGAAGCCGCACUCCAAUGCCAUCAAUCCAAUUCGUAUCCGAGUGAAUGCGUGUUUACAAAAUAUUCCUAUUCCAAUCCUCGUACCGAUGCCAGCCAAGAUCCAACAGAGCCCAGUCCCUGGCCGGAAGCGGCCCCCAAAGAGGGUAUUUCUGCCAUAAGUUGGGGGGAGCAGGAAUUCCAAAAUUGUCCCGAGGAGUGCCCUAUACGGCAGCAGCAGAAGCAGUACCAGAAGCAGAAGCAUCAGCAGCAGCAGCAGCAGCAGCAGCAGCAGGAGCCUUCAGUUGCGACGCAGGAUUCUCAGUUUGAUGAGAAUCAGGCUGAACGGUUCCAGGAGAGAGAGCCAGUACAAGAGAAAGCUGCACAAAGUUACGUAGAGGAUCCACCCAGUGCCGAAUGGAUCACACAGGAGAAGCAGCUUCAGCAGCAGCAGCGGCAGCAGCCAGGACUGGUAGAAUGCCGCUGUAACAAGGAUGCCCCGUGCUGGAGAAAUGUGAAGGAGAAGAGGCAGCCCCAGGUCUACCCACAGGCCCAGUUUCAGUCCCAGUCCCCGAUUUACCCACAGAAGGGCGGCUAUGAUCAGGAUGAUGAGCACUCUCAGUGGACAACGACGCACAACGAGGAGCGGCCCACAACGAGGAAGCAGCUGAAGAGCCUGUCGCGCUCUUGCAAACUUCGAGCACCGAUCGGUGGGCCCCUGCGUUGGAUUGCCAAUGGAUUCACCAGCUCCAAAAGGAGCUCCUGCACCGAGGGAGCUGCCACGGAGAGGGAAAGACCAGCACCAGCACCAGCACCAGCAGCACAGUCGCCACAGCCGGCAGACGUCAAUCAGCAGAGGCUACGAGCACCCCAUCGACCACCCAGAGAAGUGGGCCGUCGCUACUACUCGGAAACGCAGCCAAAAAUGUGGUACGAUCAGGUGGCCAGGCUGGACGGCUUGAGCAGCUCUCGGUCGACCCACUCGCGAUGCUCGAUACGUGCCCUCCGGUCCAACACGGACACCAUUCAGAGUCCCCUCACGCCGACACCGUCAGUAGCCAGUGUGGAGGAAGUGCCGGAUAGAUGGGGAUUUCUGCAGUCCACGCAGCAGCAGAUGCCGUCCCCGCAGCAGAAGAUGCAGUCCAUGCAGUCCCCGCAGCAGCAGAUGCCGUCCCAGAGGCAGCCAGAGACCCCGAUGCAGAUGCCAAUGCAGCCCAGGAUGGAGGCCCAAUAUCCCAACCAGAAGCCCAACGAAAAGAAUCGCUAUAUGCCCCACGAGCACCGCAUGGUGACUGUUGCAUGUCCUGGUCCUGGUUCUCUCAUUGGCUGUGGCUUUUCCCCCAGCAAGAAAAUACCCAAGCUGUUGAGCAGCCAUCCGCUGGAUCUGAAGCACUCUAUCGUCCAACGGCGGGAGGCCAAGAGGCCCAAAUGGAUGUUCCACAAUCAUGCGCCGCUCACGCUGCGCACGGCCCGGCCACGGGCAGAUGCCUACUACGAGGAAAAGCUGCGCCGGCGUUGCCUCAAGUUCAUUUUGAACCUCGAGCAGGACAAUCCGUCGUCAUUCGCAGCACAGGGCACGAGCAGGGCGGCGUUGGACCCAGGGGCAGCUCCUGCAGAGCAGGCGACCUGGUAUUCCGCCGAGGAGCAAGCGGAGGCGCAGGCGCACGAGCAGGAACACUAUUUAUCCGAGGAGCAGCAACACGAAGAGGAACUGCAACAGGAACAGGAACAGGAACAGGAGCCAGUGAACGGCUUACCCGAGGACCAGGAAUGGUAUGCAGAACCUGGCUAUGAAGUCGACGCGGGUCCACAAUGGAGCCACACGCGUCGCUCGGUCUCCGGCAGUGGGAUACGUCCUGCAAAUAACGCUAGAGUGUGGGUCGCGCAUCCACCAGAUCAAUGGCAGUAUCCCGAGUCGCAUCGGUAUGAUGACCGUCCUCAGCAGAGCCCCACAUAUGACCCCUACUACCGUGCUGCCACGGACAACUGGCCGCCACAAGUUCAAGGACAUAAUUGGGAGCCACCUUCUUACCGCCCGAUACAGCAGUCACAGUCGCAGCCGCAGCCGCAGUCACAGCCUCCACUCCACAGGAAUUAUCAGGAGCCACAGUCUCAGCGACAGCCCCCGUGCCAGAGCCAGCCACAGCCACAGCCACAGCCACAGCCUGAGCGCCAGCCACGCCCUGAGCGGAGGCCACAGUCUGAGCGCCAGUCACAGCGCAAUGACCAGAGACAUGCUGAAAGGGAGCCACAGUCUGAACGCCAGUCACAGCCUGAGCGCCAGUCCCAGGCUCAGCGUCAGACCCAUCCCCAUCCCCAUCCCCAUCGCCAGGCGCAGUCGCAGCAUCAUCAUCCUCAGCCGCAUCUCCAGCGACAGGCCCAACCCCCACCCGACAACAAUCCCAAGCGGCAUUGGCGGUUACCGAGAUCUGUGUCGGAGACCAGACCCUUCUAUGAUGAGGUAGAAGUGAAGGACUAUGCCCCGGAUGUGGAGCAGCAGCCACAGAAUUGGCAGACGAAUGCACCACCGCCGGCGUGCAUGCAACCAAUGCAUCACAGGAGCGUGGCACGUUCAUCUGCUUCCUCUGGCAGGGCGGCUGCACAUCGUAGUCCCCGUCGAUCCUCCAGACACCAGGCAGCACAUCGGCAGGGUGGGGGUACGGCCGGCGCCAUAACCGCAGCCGCACUGGGACUGAGGGGUUUGGUCCAAGCCUUGGGCGGACCCAGAUACGCGAGGAAACCCUCGCCGGGCUCUGGCGUGUCUCCAGAGGGAGAGGCUACGACCAUAUCUUCGAUUGAGGCGGGCUUUCAUCGUCUAGUACCCAUGAAUUACUCAAAGGAGCAGCUUCCCUUCACGGUGGAUCCAGCAACAGAGCAUCGCGAGGCGGCACUAACAACAGCGUCAAAUUCAGCCCGCAGCUAUGGCCUUGUGUCGGCCCGGGAGCAGCGAACCAGGACAUACCCCGUGCAGGAGCGACCUUCGGCCCUUCCGGCCCGUUCCAGCCGUUUCAAUAGCUACUCGAAGCCUCCACCGUCCAUGGACAACGAGCGGAGCACCCUGUCCCUGUUCGCUGUGCCCACAUCCAGCAGCAAUCUGGCGUGGCGAGCCGAGGCGACAGCCGCCAGACCGAUAACGAAAUCGAGAAUGCCAGGCGGUCAAGAGGAGCAACGCAUGCCGCCUCCAGUCUCGGUUCUCUCCGAUCUGGACUUUCACACACAUUCCACAUCACACAACAGCAGCCUCUCGACAUCGGGAGGCUAUCUAGCACCGUCCCCGUCCAGGGCUCAGUCCGAGGCCGGAACCGCACCGCUGGCCGUAUUCCUGGACAACUUUCGAGCCAGAAAUGUCCUGGUUCUGCCCGCCAAGUCCUGCCCUUCGUCCGAGAUACCGACCCGCGGAAGCGGAAGGGAGAAGACGAAAGCGACGGAUGAACAGGGACCCACUCAAGGACGUCGCUGGUUUCCAGCUACACCGCUGGUCAUUCCGCCCACCUACAAUUCCCUGCUCGAGGAACAGAUACUUCAGGAAUAUCUGCCCACGCCAAAAUGCAGGCGCUGCAGGUCUUGAAUGAUCCCACGAUCCCACAUCAAUCAGUUCUCCGAGAAUCCAUAGCCAAAGCCAUAGCCACAGCCACAGAGUAGCUCAUGUACAGCCUGAAUCUGGAUCUGGAUCUCAGCUAAAACUCCACAAUGCUCGUUUCAAAUAAAAAACAAAUAAAUAGCGGCUGUUUCCUUCAAACAAAA